UUUGCCACUGCCGAACGUGGGCGCAGGCGGCUCUCGGAAGCACCAGUGACCAACCUCUUCCGAGCACGCUUCUCGGCCUCCCGCAUCGUCGUCAUCCCGCGCGUUUCUCAGCGUCGCCCCCCGGAGUCACCGCCGUUGCCGACGCCACCCGGAGCACGGUCCCGCACGCUGCCAGCCCGUCUUUGCCGCCAUGCCCAAGAAUAAAGGAAAAGGAGGUAAAAACAGACGUAGAGGAAAGAACGAGAAUGAAUCUGAAAAGCGAGAGCUGGUGUUCAAAGAGGAUGGGCAAGAAUAUGCUCAGGUAAUCAAAAUGUUGGGAAAUGGACGAUUAGAAGCAAUGUGUUUUGAUGGUGUGAAGAGACUAUGCCAUAUCAGAGGGAAAUUGAGAAAAAAGGUUUGGAUAAAUACCUCAGACAUCAUAUUGGUGGGCCUCCGAGAUUACCAGGAUAACAAAGCCGAUGUCAUUUUAAAAUACAAUGCAGAUGAAGCUAGAAGUCUCAAGGCAUAUGGCGAGCUUCCAGAGCAUGCUAAAAUCAAUGAAACUGAUACAUUUGGUCCUGGAGAUGAUGAUGAAAUUCAGUUUGAUGACAUUGGGGAUGAUGAUGAAGACAUCGAUGAUAUCUAAAAUGAACUCAACAUUUUACAUUCCAGUCCUUCUGAAGAUUGCCCUGCAAGUUUGGAAUCUGGUCAUAGACUUCAAGGAAAAGUUUUCACUGUAUUGAUUGUAAUUUGUUGAGACAGACUCGAUUCAAUACUAAGGUCGCUUUUUUCAAAGCUGAAAAUAUCUUAAGUGAUAUGUUAAGCCCACUUUGAUCAUUUGAUGUAAUUGAACUCAAAAAAGAUGUAAGAAAAAAUAUACAUUGCUGCCUUUCCUACUUUGACCCCUUCCAGUAAGUAAAUGGAUGUUUUGAAUAAACAAUUUGCCUUGUAUGCAUAAAUUAUGAUUAAGCCCUCCUUUUGCAUAGCUGUUGACUGUACAAAGUACAGUCUUUGUGUAUAUUCCAGUUGCCCAGAGAUUUUGAUACAAAUGGAGGCAGAAAUCUGUCUUAUGUUUUAUUGUGUUAUAUUUUGAGACAGAAUCCAACUCUGUAUCUGAGGCUAGCUUGGAAUUCACUAUAUACUCGCUAUGAUCCUCCUUUCUCAGCCUCCUUGGGUGCUGAGAUUAAAUGUAUUUACCACACCAGGCAGAAAUCUAUUUAAAGGCAAAAGUGAUAGGUUUGCUUUUCAUAUUUAAAAGUAUGUAUGUGGCUAUUUUUAUACUAGUUUUGAUAACAUGUACGUUCUUAUGAUUUAUUUUGCAGUCAUCAACUUACUGGGGGAGGAAAGGCAUUUCCAAAAUGUUUUUAGAAACUGGUUUUUAAUAUUUUAAAUUAAGGUCGGUAGUUGCAGAAAUUGAACACUAGGUGGUGCUCAGUUGUCUUAACAUUGGUAAUAACUUUUAAUUAGUUAAGAUGGUUUCUUUUCUUAACUAGUGUGAUUAGGAAAUUCCCAAACGAGGAAAAGAUUGUUUUACUCAUGUGCAUAGAAUAUUUUUACCAAAAUGUUGUGUGGGAAUGUUGCUUUUUCAGGAGUCUUACUCGCCCAAGCUACAUUUCUGAGGGCUUUAUAAAUACAUAAAAUAGGCAAGUGAAAUUUUCAGCUCAUAAGAAUAUGAAUAUUGUGGAACAAAGUAAAAAUUAAUGUUUUUUCAGGUUUCCCUAAAUUGAGGGGAAAAUGAGGGAAGCAAACUUAAACCUGAUGUAAUGGCAUGACCUAUAACCCUGCACUUGUGAGGUCUAGGCAGGAGAAUCAGUUCAAAAACAAACGUAGUGAAAAGAUGUUUUCUUAUUUCUGAAUCAAAGAGAUGUAGCUGAGAAAAUAGCAUGCCGCAGAGGAUUUUAUACUUUGACUUUACAUUAGGGACAAGUUUAUUAUGUAGACAGUCCAGGGGGUUCCCAUUUUCUUUCUACUGGGAAUUUAGGUUUGCUCUUAUUUAGGAGUUAUUAUUGCAGUUAGAGCUGGGCUAGUCAGAACUCACUGUACGCACUGAAAGCUUGCAAGUUUAUAAACCAAGAUCCAUCGUGCAGCUUGUGGACCUUGUAUUCUAGUAGCAUCCAGAAAACUUCAUUAAUGAAAAGUAAUACACAAAGGAAUGCAUAUUACAUGGUUUCAAAAACCACGAUCUUUUCUGUGAUCCCUUUCUUAACUAUGACUUCAUCUCAGGUUUUCCUACUCAGCUUCAAAAUGUAAGGUUCCAUAAACAACAACAGUAGGAAAGAUGAAGUGAUGUGGUCUGUAUUUCUUAAUCUGAGGAGUUUCUUAGUGCAUAUCUAUCUAGGCAGAGUGUAUCUGAGAACAAGGGCUGAAACUAACCUUGAGAUACUUGCUAAUCAUCGUCUUCAUCAGGAAUUAGACCUCUGGACCUUCAAAGUGUUUCACCAGCUGGAUGUAGCAUACACUUGUGAUCCCAGCACAGGAGAACUUGUUAAUAUUGGCCAGGGCUACAGAAGACUCUGUCUCAAAAACAACAAUGAAAACCAUUUUUACUAAAUUUGCAGUGUAUAUAGUUAAGCAUUUUAUGGGCAGUGUUUUAAGUCUACAUAGGUGAUACAGCUCAAAUCAAAAGUUGAUUUUCUUCCUGUAACAAACAGGAUUUGAAAUUUUUUUAGAAAUUACAUAUGACCCCGUUUCCUGUACCCUCUGGUGGUUUUAAUCUAUUUUCUUGCCUAAAUAGUAGCAACAUUAACUAAUGAGUGUUCUUGUGUCCCGGAUGAUCUGGAGUCAUACUGGUUUAAAGUAGUUGAAUACAGUUGUCACUGAUAUGCAAAUGCUACCUGGAAGAGUUCUUUGAUGUGUAUUUGGUAUGGAAAUUAAUACUUUUAACUGAUUCAAUUUUAUUUCAAAUAAGGAAAAGGAAGUGGUCUUCAAGGAAAUUUUGUUUUUUAUUUUUGCUUUGAUUUCUAUAGUACAACUCUAUUAUAAGCAGUGCCCAUAAAGAAAAAUAAACUGUUUAAAAUCUAAGAAUAA